GAGUGAAAUUAAUAGACAUCGGGCAAACAAGUGGCGAGUCAAAAGGAAAAGCAUAUUUGUAUAGGAGUACUUCAAUUUGUCCGAUUUAGUUUCCUUUUCAAGAAGUUGCUAUCUAAACUCCAAUAGUCAAACAAGCAACCCGAGUGAAUAAUAAAUGCAUUUACAUGGUGAAAAGUCUUUAAAUUUCAGUGCAAAACAUCAAUAUUUUUUUCUGGACCUGGUGACUCUUCCCCUCUUUCCUGUAUAGAUGUUCAUUUUCUACACUCAUAGCAUGCCCAAUUAAUUUACAUUGAAAUAUCACUUGCUAGAUAGCUAAUCACCUAUAACUUUUAUCUAUUCUCCUGAGUCAUUUUUUCAUCACCUUGCACAAAAAAAAUCGUCUCUCGUAUGCCAUCUAACGUUUGUUUGACUCGUUUUUCAUUUCAGAGAUAUUCAGUUACUAAUGUGAACAUACAAAAGAGUUAAGGAUUAUGGCUAUGGCAUCGACCGAUAGAGUGAUUCUUGGUUCAAUUGCCUUUGCAAUAUUUUGGAUAUUGGCAGUAUUUCCUGCUGUUCCAUUUAUGCCUAUUGGAAGGACUGCAGGGUCACUACUUGGUGCUAAUCUUAUGGUAAUAUUUCGAGUAUUGGCACCCGAUGAAGCAUAUGCUGCUAUAGAUCUUCCAAUUUUAGGUCUUCUCUUUGGAACUAUGGUUGUGAGUAUCUACUUAGAAAGAGCAGACAUGUUUAAGUACUUGGGAAAAUUGCUGGCUUGGAAAAGCAGGGGACCCAAGGAUUUACUCUGCAGAAUCUGUUUGAUAGCUGCAAUUUCGAGUGCCUUUUUCACAAAUGAUACUUCUUGUGUUAUACUGACUGAAUUUGUUCUGAAAAUUGCGAGGCAACAAAAUCUCCCACCCCAUCCGUUCCUUUUAGCUCUCGCGUCAAGUGCAAAUAUUGGAUCUUCAGCAACUCCUAUUGGGAAUCCUCAGAACUUAGUUAUAGCAGUACUGAGCAAGAUUAGUUUUGGGAGGUUUUUAUUUGGUGUAUUUCCUGCAAUGCUUGUUGGAGUUGUUGUUAAUGCUGUAUUGUUGCUUUGCAUGUAUUGGAAGUCGUUAUCUGUUCAGAAGGAUGUCGAAAAUGCUGAAAUAGAAUUAGUUUCCGACGAAGAAGUAGACUCUCAUCGUUUUUCACCAGCAACAAUGUCACAUGUUAAUUCCUUACAUUCUCAGGAACAGUUUUCAGCUGAUUCUAUGAAUACUAGUAAUCAAAAUCAAGACAAUUUUAAUGAAAAUGAAAUCAAGACGGAUGCGAACGGGGUGUUUGAUUCUUGCAGGAAUUCUAAUGCCUCAAUGGAAGCAGCAAAUGAUGGAUCACUUCAAAUGAGGGACAAGAAUGUGACAUCAAAGGGAAUUUUAUCUGUCGAUGGAUGUGAGGAUCAAAAUUUCACAUCUUAUGAGGAAAAGCACAACUUUUCUGAAAAAUGGAAAAAAUGGUUAUGGAAAAUAUGUGUUUAUCUUAUUACAAUUGGGAUGUUAAUAUCUUUGUUGAUAGGUUUGAAUAUGUCAUGGACUGCUAUCACCGCGGCACUUGCUCUUGUGGUUCUUGAUUUCAAAGAUGCUAGAGAAUGCUUAGAAAAGGUCUCCUAUUCACUGUUGAUAUUCUUCUGUGGUAUGUUUAUCACAGUUGACGGAUUUAACAGAACAGGGAUACCAAGUGCUUUCUGGGAUUUUAUGGAACCAUAUGCCAAGAUAGACCAUGCUGGUGGUAUAGCAGUUCUUGCUGUUGUCAUACUUGUCCUAUCAAAUUUGGCUUCUAAUGUCCCUACUGUUCUAUUGCUGGGAGCUCGGGUAGGUGCAUCAGCAGCUACAAUAUCUGCAGCAAGUGAGAAGAAAGCAUGGCUCAUCUUAGCUUGGGUUAGCACUGUGGCUGGCAACCUUUCAUUAUUAGGCUCCGCAGCAAACUUGAUAGUAUGUGAACAAGCUCAUCGGGCUCAGCCAUCGGGCUAUAAUCUCUCAUUAUGGACUCAUCUCAGAUUUGGAGUUCCCUCUACUCUAAUUGUUACAGCUAUUGGUUUGACACUCAUCAGAGAUUGAAAUUAAAUUUGUAAUAUUUAGUUUAAUAACUUCAAAAAGAUUGUCUACGUUAGUUUACCUUAUGUAUUCUGUUAUUCAACAAGAUUUUGUAAUUGUCUUUACUGACACAACACUUGAUAGAAUUGUCAGUUAAAACUUUAGUGACACCAAAUGCAGAGGCUAGUCAGUCGAAUUGCCCGUGGAA